GCUGGCUACCACAACAAGAACAUAACGGGACAUGAGUCAGAGGCUGGGUGGUAGACUUUCAUCAAGAACAGUUUUAUCUUAUUGUAAUAGUAAUUACAUAGUGGUAGUAGUAAUCGUAGUAAUUCAAGUAAUUAAUUCUCAUUUAUUUAGCUAAACUGGAUAAUGUGCGGUCAAAAACCAUGGAAACGUCGCUAUUAGAUCCUUUACAAAUGCCUCUAUAAUUAAGCUGUAGCCUGCUGAGGGGUUCUAUAGCCAUGGCGAUUGCACACUUAGCUACUGAGUACGUUUUUUCUGAUUUUUUAUUAAAAGACCCAACAGAGUCGAAGUACAAAGGGGUGCGCUUGGAGCUGGCAGCGGACAAAAUAGUAACGUUCAUCGGGGUUGGUCUCCCUUUGUUACUAAUAUCUCUUGCAUUUGCUCAGGAAGUAUCUGUAGGUACCCAGAUCAGCUGUUUUGCCCCUACCGGUUUCUCCAUGCGGCAGGCCAUCUAUGUUGACUCCUAUUGCUGGGCGGCAGUGCAACAACAGCAGCCUGAUGUUGAUGAGGCGCGGAGUGCGCCCCUAUGGCUGCAUAAGUUCUUCCCCUACAUCCUGCUGUUAGUGGCCAUCCUCAUGUACAUCCCUGCCUUGUUCUGGCGCUUCACAGCGGCGCCCCACCUGUCCUCGGACCUCAACUUCAUCAUGGAGGAGCUGGACCGCUCCUACAACCGCGCCAUCACGCUGGCCAAGAACCUGGCUGCGUUAGACUCCAAAGACGUGGCGGAAACCUCCCACAGUGCCUUGGACCUGACAGAGGGCUGCUUUAAGUAUCCUCUGGUGGAGCAGUAUCUGAAGACCAAGCGUUCCUCCCGCCGCCUGGUGGUCAAGUACCUGGCAUGCCGGGGGUUCACCCUGCUCACCCUCCUGCUGGCCUGCCUCUACCUCGGGUACUACAUCCGCCUGGCCUCCCUCACCGACGAGUUUGCCUGUGACGUGCGAUCGGGCCUGCUGAGGAACGACAGCGCCGUCCCGGCGGCGGUGCAGUGUAAGCUGGUGGCGGUGGGGGUCUUCCGACUGCUCAGCUACAUCAACCUGGCCGUCUACGUCCUCCUGGUGCCCCUGGUGGCGUUCGCCUCCGUGGGCCCCGCCCGCCAGAGCUCCCGUUUCCUCCGGCCCUACGAGAUGCUGCCGGCGUUCGGCGACCUGGACCUGGCCACGCCGUUCUACAACGACCUCAGCGUCUACCUGCUGUUCCUCGAGGAGAACCUGAGCGAGCUCAAGUCCUUCAAGUGUCUGCAGGUGCUGGAGCUGCUGAGAGAGGGGGGCGGGGAGGCCUUCGACACCAUGUGUCUGCUGCGCGCGCUGGGCCAGGUGAAGACGGAUGUGUCGGACGGUACGAAACUGCACAUCGUUAAGGAUGGCGCAGAUGUGGUGAGGCCCGGGGAGGAAAACAGCUCGACUGAGCUUAAAGAUGCAUCUACCUUGCUUCUGGAUGACGAUGUGAAGAAAUCUAAGGACCAAGGCUGCUGUGAUGUGAAAAAAGAAGUACGACAGAGAGUUCUUUGAAGCGUCUGUGUGAUUCAUUAUUACAAAUGGACAGAAAAAGUUAAAUGGGUCCAGUCAAUAGCUUGUAUCGAUUUUUUAAAGCUACUGUUUUCAGGAACUUAAAAGAGCACUUAGUCUGUUUUUCUUCUCCCUUUGAAAUGUAAGCCAUAUGCAAUGACUGAGAGCUCAAAGCUUCUUUUAUUCCGUAGCCCUUGGGCCUUCAGCCAGCUUUUAUUCAGGUAUGCUGUAAAAGUUCUGAAGGUGUUUUCAUUCACGGUCGAACUGUAAGCUUGCAUGUGUGUACUUCUACUUUUUUAAACAAGUUAUAUUGUUUGACAGUACAAGUGCUGUUUCAUAACAGAUCAAAUAAAGACAUAUUCCUAGUUCAGCA